AUGGUGAAAGCGGCAGAGCUGGCCAAGAAGAAGAUGAAGCUCGGGAAAGAUGACAAGAGACGAAUCACUCAUUCACUCAAAGUAGGGUUUGCGCUUUCCUUAGUGUCGUUGAUCUAUUACUGCCAGCCGCUCUACAACAGCUUCGGCGUCUCCGCAAUGUGGGCCGUCAUGACUGUGGUGGUUGUCUUUGAAUUACACGUCGGGGCCACUCUAAGUAAAGGGUUGAAUAGAGGACUUGCUACAUUUUUUGCCGGUGCACUUGGUGUUGGCGCUCAUCACUUGGCAAGUCUCUCAGGAAAAACCGGCGAGCCCAUAAUGCUUGGUUUCUUCGUCUUUCUUCAAGCCACCAGUUCGACGUUCAUUAGGUUCUUCCCGCGAGUCAAGGCGAAGUACGACUACGGGAUGCUGAUAUUCAUACUGACCUUCGCGCUGGUGUCAGUGUCGGGCUUCCGGGAGGACGAGAUACUGGUGUUUGCGCACAAGCGGCUCUCCACCAUUGUCAUCGGUGGCUCCGCCUGCCUGAUCAUCUCCGUCAUCGUGUGUCCUGUCUGGGCCGGCGAAGACCUCCACCUCCUCAUUGCUCUCAACAUGGAAAAGCUUGCCAACUUCUUGGAAGGAUUUGGGAAUGGAUACUUGAGAGAAUCAGAAGAUAGUGACUCCAAUAAGAACAAGUCACUUUUGCAAGGAUACAAAAGUGUUCUUGGAACGAAGAGCAACGAAGAAUCUUUGGCAAAUUUUGCAAGUUGGGAACCACGUCACGGCUGGUUUGGCUUUCGUCAUCCAUGGAAGCAAUACCUAAAGAUUGGAGCUUUGAUUCGUCAAUGUGCCUAUAGAAUUGAAACCCUUGAUAGCUACCUCACCACUAAAUUCCAUGCCCCACCACAAGUUCAAACCAGACUCGAGGAGCUCUGCCUAGAGAUGAGCAGGGAAGCCGCAAGAGCUCUGAAGCAACUCGCAUCUUCCCACAAGACGAUGACCGUGCCGUCCUCCGCGACUCCCUACCUUGAGAAGUCCCGAACCGCCGCAACAGCCCUCAAGUCGCUACUCAAGACGACCUCCUGGAAGGAUGAGAACGACCACCUUACCGUCAUCCACGCCGCCACCGUUACCUCGCUCCUCCUCGAUGUCAUCGACUGCACAGACAAGAUUGCCGAGUCCGUCAACGAGCUCGCCUCCCUCGCCCGCUUCAAGACUGCAGAGAAGGCGGAAAAGCAUGUCAAGUGUGGUGAGGUUGUGCUGACUGAGAGUGCUCGAGGCAACCGUCUCGCCAGAAAAUGGGACUCCUCCGGUGAGACCGGUUCCAGCGCUGGUGAUGUAGAUACGCAGGCGUUGUGCAUAUGA